GGAUGUUUGCAAAGGGCGGGGAGAGCGCUGGCGGGAUUAACGACGGUUCGUCGGGUUGACGGUUGAGUUUUCUUUUCCUCGGCCGCCGAGUUGCGGUACGAGGCGGGCGGGGUUCUUGCCUGCAGGCGAUAACGAGGUACCGUCAGCAUCACACCGUCUUGCUCACGUGGGUUGAUUGUGAGCGUGGUGGGCGCUGCCGCCGUUUCUUAAUCGUCCUCGGCUCCUUGGUUUGGAGGCCGCCUCGUGAUCCAGACCCAUUUUCCCAUCACGCUUCCUCUUCUUCGUAUUGCUCUAUCUUUAUUUUUAUUUAUUCCUGACAGGCGCUUUCGGUGAAAUGAAUGGAGGUUUUGGAUAACCAUUCGGAAUUUUACUUUUUCCAUUAACCUUAGUGCGUCCUUAUAGAUCAGGUCAGCUAGUGGAAGCAUGCCAAUUUCAGGUUUAUAGAACUUUUCCAACAAAUUCCUUGAUCUGGUAAAAGGAUGAAUUCUGAAAUGAUACAAACUCGUUAUGCUAUUAUUAACAAUACAGUAAUGGAGUAUCCUAUGUCUUCUAAGAAGGCUGGCAAUUCCUCUCAACAGGAAGAAAGUGAAGAUGAUAUUGAAUUUGUUAGUGAAAGUGAAUUGAGACCAGUCCUGGAAUGCAUUGAUCUUAGUAAUGAAGAGGAAAUGGAUAUAUCUUCUGAAAAAAAUGUACGACACAAAGACCAUAUUGACUGUCAGAAAGCAAAAGUUGCUUCAACUCUAGAUCGCUUGGCACGCCAUGUAGAAGUAGAGAAACAGCUGAAGGAAGAAAAAAACAAAUCUUUCAAGGAAAAACAGGAUUCACAGCAUGCUCAUGGACUGCAAGAACUGGAAUUUAUCCGGGGACAUAGUAACACAGAAGCAGCAAGGUUGUGUGUGAAUCAGUGGCUAAAAAUGCCAGGUCUCAAGCCAGGCACUGUAAACUCAGGAAGGAGAACAUUAUCUCAAAAAUCAUAUCAGUUUCCAUCUAACAGCAAAUCCAUUUUAUGUCCCAUUAUGCACUGCAAUAGAAAGUUUGACAAUGGGCAUUUACUGCUAGGUCAUCUUAAAAGGUUUGAUCAUUCUCCAUGUGAUCCCACAAUUACUCUACAUGGACCUCCAGCUAAUAAGUUUGCCUGCAUAGUCUGUGGCGAGAGAUUUGCAAGUAAUCAGCAAUAUAGUGCACACCUUUUGUCUAAGGCUGGUAAAAAUGAUGGCCAUGAGAAAAACUACCCUCCUCAGCUUAUUCAGUGCUUUGCGUGUCCUUGCUGUUUCUUCUUCUUUAGCAUAAGAGAUGAAUGUCUGCAGCAUAUGUCUGGAAAAAAACAUUUUUCUCAGGCUUUUAAAUUGAGUGAUCAAUCAGAGGCACUCCCGUUGCCUUUGCCAGCCUACGCAAAGAACCUCCUAAUCUCCUUAUGCAAAGAAGUUCCCUUCCAAGUCCAAUGCACAACCUGUCAUCAGGUUUUGCAGUCCCAUAUAGAGCUCACAGCACACUUCAGAAUCCAGUGUCGUAACGCUGGCCCCGUGGCUAUAUCGAAAACGUGCAUCUCCAAAAUUGCAGAAAUACUGAAAGCCAAAGGUUUCUGUCAAGAUUGUGACACGUUGUUUGUCAAUGAUGACCAAAUUACUCACCAUAGUUGCAGAAAUGUUGCCAAGAUUAAACGUAUCACCACAAUGGAAGAAUCCAUAUUAUUAUUUUGUCACAUCAAUGAACGGAAUAAAAAUGCCCCUCACCUACAAAAUAACGCAAGCCUUGUGAAAUCUUCCCUGAAGAGGCAUUUGGAAUUGAAUGGCAAUGAGAAGGAAACUGUUUCAAAAUGGAAAAAGAUUUUGCGAGACAACAGUGAAACCAUUCAUGGAGCUCCUACUGUCAAAAGCUGGGUAUGCCAAUGUGAUCUGACAUUUCUUUCUGAAGAGUUGGCAGAAAAACACAUUUUUUCUGAAAACAGAAUCUGCUACAAGUGUGGUGUAUGUGGGAAACUUGCAGAAAAUUCGAGCAUUAUCCGCUUGCACAUGAGCCGUUUUCAUGGAGGAGCACAUUUGACUAACUUCAUUUUCUCAUGCCAAAUUUGCCAAGUAGCCCUUCAGAAAGAAGAUGAUGUCCUUAUCCAUGUAACAGGACUUCAUGAUGGACAUAACUUUUAUUUUGAGAAGGACACUGUUGAAGAUGAGCUAACAAUACCUUCGGAUUCACAGUAUGACACUUGGAUUAAACAAGAAGGCCAAAUUUCAAGCCUCAUCGAACUUUCUCCAGACCAGACUCAGAUGGAGGUUGAUGGGAGUCCUUCCCAAUGGCAAUGUAAGAUAUGUGAGGAAAUAUUUAACUCCGAGGACAGUGUGAAACAACAUUGCGAAUCACUAGAGAGUCAUCAUUAUCACAGGUACAGUUGUGGCUUGUGCAAAAUGACUUUUCGGAAAAUGGAAACACUGCAGCGACACUGUCAGGGAAAACAUAACAAUGUUGUACAGAUUAAAUACUUCUGUGGAUUUUGUGGUGACCUCUUUUUUGAUGUUGAGGAGGAAUUUUUAGUUCACUUCAAGAGCAUACAUAGCAUGGAUUAUGUGUGUGUGUCUGAGACAGCAGAAACCUCAAUCAAAAAUGAUGAAAUAGUAGAAGAAGAUAGCCUUCUAAAUUGUGGUUGUCGUGAGAAAUAUGUUUGCAAAAAAAACAGGAAGCUCGACCAUAAGAAAUGUCAAGAAGCCAUGUUGGAAAAAGGAAACAUGUGGUUUCGUUGCACUUCAUGCUCUUCUACAACACAAACCUAUUCUGAAAUGAUGGCUCACAUCACGAGCCACCCAAGCAAAGAAGCUGCUCAAGAUUUCUAUGUAGUCAGGUGUGGUUCAUGUAACAAACAUUUUAAUAGCAUUGAUGUUGCACAUCAGCACUUCCAUGAUAAACACUGCUUUUCACAAAAGCCUCAAAUAUCUUUUGCGCCACAAGCAGAAAAUAAUGUCUUCCAUUUCUCUGCUGUGAAGUCCUGUUCAGAGAAGACUGUAAUUUCAACAAGUUAUUCAGAUGUAAAAAGAUUGAAACUGGAAGAUGCAAUGAAAAAACAAGCUAGGAAAUUUUCUCAAUUGAUUGAACAAGAUGAAGACAACCUUCCUGAUCUUGAUUAUUUAUGCACCAUGACUCACAUUAUAAUGAUGGAUUUAGAUAACUGGGGAAACUUAUUUGAUCAAUUGCCUGCAACCCUCAAUCAAGGAACUUUUAUUUGGGGCUUUCAGGGUGGAAAUACCCGAUGGAAAGCCCCUGUAAACUGCAAGGUCUUUAAUUAUCUUAACAAGAUUGGGUGUUUCUUUCUUCAUCCACGCUGUGGUAGAAGGAAAGAGGCUGCUGAUUUUGCAAUCUGUGUACAUGUGGGUCGUCUAGAUGAACAUCUGCCAAAACAUAUUCCUUUCACCAUACUUUCUGGAGACAAAAGCUUUCUAGAAUUGGAAGAUCAGCUUAAGAUGACUCAGCGGACAACCCGCAUUCUAGACCCUCAUAAGAUUGAUACUGACAUGAUGUAUACUAUAUUAAACAGCAUUUCGGAUACAGUCAGAGGAAAUGAAGACAUUGCUAGUCAAAUGACAAGGGGACAGAUUUUGCAAAGAAUGAAUGGCCCGAAUGGCAUGUAUCCUCAAGAAUUCUUCCUAUUAUGGAUAGCAAGAGUAAUGUUCGUCUGGAAAUGUAUGGUUUUUCAGUUGUAUGGAAUAGAGCACUAAUUAGAUACAAAUGAUGAUGACGACGAUGAAUUUCAAGAGGCAAUUAGGCGAAGUCUUGAGGAAAAAUGAAGAUGUCCAAGAUGGGUGUACCAAAACAUCUACCCGACUUCAAAGAAAUUGAAAUUUGUUCACCAUUUUAUAAAAACAUUAAAAAUGUACUGAUUAUUAUUUCAGUGUUUCAGUGGCACUGUAAAAAACUAAGCUCUAUUGUCAAGCACUAGCAGAGUUGAGAACCUGUUGUGAAAUAUAACUAAUGGGAUUUCAGUCAUCCCUUCUCACGGCUUAAGCAGUAAACAGUUUUAAAAUGUGAUAUGGCCAAGCUUACUUUAAAAAUACAAGAACAUGGCAAUUCUGCUGAGUCACAAGAUCCAAUAACUAUUUUUUUUCUACUGUCUGACCUGAAAACUAACGUUAUGAUUUAUGUUGCUUGUUUUUGUUAAAACUUUUUACUUCUUCUGUUCUGUUGACUUUAUUUUGUAGUGCAAGAAUUGCAGUAGAUACAGGUAUUAAUCCAGAAUGUCUAGAGUGCCUUUUCUUUCUUCAUCAGUUCCUGAGGGGAAGUUUAGACACUAUCCUGAAUAUUACAAUCCAUAAGCUAACUUGCAAGGGAUCUGUUGAAAUUCACUUAUAUUUGAGGUCCAAGAACUAGUUAUUGUUUCUGUCUCUUCAUUCUUAUGUAUAAUGUGAAUGAAUACAAUGCCAAAUAGACUUUGAGUAUUUGUAUAUUUAGUUUCCUGUUACUAAUUCUGUAUCAAAGUAUUUUCCUGUUUGUUUUUGACAUUUAAAUGUAACUUCAGGAAGCUGAAGCCUUUGAUUUUUUGUUUUUAACUUAUUUGCAUUACUCAGAGCAUAUAUAGUUCAACAUAAUUAAAAUAUCAGCUAUUCUUAUAUCAGUCAAGUACUAUUUGGAAGUUUUCAUUUUCAUUUUUUAUAGGUUCAUAAAUUGCAUUUGGUUUAGUUUGUCUAAAUAAAAGUGUUUACAGAUAAAUAGAAUAUUGAAAGAUUGUGCUAAUGUGAUUGUACUGCAGGCUUACUGAAAAAUUGUUUUGAAAUGAAACAAUUGGACUUACUUUAUGUGACAGCAAAAUAACCUUUCUAUAGUGGGUGUAUAUUAACUAGAUUAAUCUAUUAAGACUUGGUGGCUUGGACAGAUUGUAAUGGUUUGCUCUAAUAAGAAUAUUAUGUACAUGCUGUUCUCCUAACCCUUCUAUGUCCUUUGUUGAAACUGAUUCUAGUUGGUAAUCAUUUAAUGUUUUACCAGGAGCCUAAGAACGUCUCGUGAUAAUUACUUAUUUUGCUCCAUUCUCCCUACUAUUAAGAGGAAAGGAAAGGGGAAGCCUUUGCUGCAGACAUCUGGCCAGUGGCAUAAAGUCAAUAAUAGUAAUGCAUGGUUACCAUACAAUGGUUACUUAAGGAAAUAAUACAGGAGAGUUAAUACUAUCCCUUAUAAAAACCUCAUCUAUGCUUAAAAUGUUUGUCAUUUAGAAAUAGUCUCAAACACUCAAAUGAGUGUUUUCUAAACUACUACAUUUCAUUGGAGUCAAGUAUUUCAGCUGCAGAAUUGCUGCCUUCUUGUAUAUCAAGUUCUCCAACUCAGUAUUAUAAGAAACACUAUGUGUUUUCUUUCUCAUAUGCAAAUUCACAAGCUGUUUACUGGACAAGGCCAUAAGAUUUCAAACUCAUGUUUGCUACACUCAUGUAAUGUAGCACUUUCUGUAAAUAGUGUAUGUACCUUUUUCUUUCUCAUAUUUUUCCAGUAAUUCUUUUUCAAGUCAUUCUUUCCAAAUUCUUUCUUCAGCUUGCUAUGUUUGUGUUAGCAACUCUACACAUAUUACAUACUCUUAUCUAUUCAUCUUUUUUGCUGUAACAAUAUCCAGAUGGUUCUGUUUUUAGCCACAGGAAUAUCAUUGCGAAGAAUAUCAUCUUGUUAAACUGUCCCAAGAAUAAAUCCUGUUAAGAUGACUUUGUCCCAAGUAUAUACUAUUAACCUCUGAAAAUAAAACCACAUUUACAACA